AUGAUUUAUGAUAUGGUUGCUGAAAGAAAUGUGAAAAGGCUCGUAGAAACAAGAAGUAGUCCUGUGCAGGUUGAUGGCGAAUAUUUACCUGCGGGAGCUGUCUUAGAACAGCAGGCAGAUAUGAAGGGUCUCGUGUUUAUAAUUAUCAUACAAUUGAUCCAAGUUCAUCUGCUUGAAUGUGAGCAAAAGCAAACAGCUGAAAAAACACAAAAUUAUGCGGGUUAUUCAGUGUUCAGAAUGGUGCCAGUGGAUGACGAGGACUUGGAAAACCUCAGAGCUCUCUUGGACAAAGAAGACUGGAAGCUAGAUUUCUGGAAAGAGCCGACUGUUGUGAAUCAAGCAGUGGACAUCAUGGUCCCGCCUGAGAAAAUACCUUUUAUGGAACACUAUUUGAUCGACAAAAAGAUCCCCAGGACUAUGCUCAUGUAUGAUGUAGAAAAAUACAUAUUGAAAGAACGAAUGGACAUGGCCAUGCCGUCCUUUCUGACAGGGCGUGAUAGUAAUGCCUUCUUCACCAGCUACAAACGGUUAGACGAGAUUCAUAAAUAUUUGGAUGAAAUUGUGGACAGAAAUCCCAACAUAUCUUCCAUCAUUUCCAUAGGAAAAUCAUCUGAAGGAAGAGAUUUGAAAGCUAUUAAAAUAGGCUCCAAAUCUUCAACAGUAUCAAAACCUGCAAUAUGGAUCGAUGGCGGCAUUCAUGCUCGAGAAUGGAUCAGUCCAGCAACAGUCACUUACAUUGCGCACAGUCUCGUUUCCGAAUACGAUGGACACGAAGAUGUAAAAGAGUUGGUUGAUUAUUUCGAUUGGUACAUCUUACCUGUGGUCAAUCCAGAUGGUUACGUGUAUAGUCAUUCCAUAAACAGAAUGUGGCGAAAAUCCAGGAGAGGCAUGAUGUUGUUUUGUCGAGGUGUUGAUCUUAAUAGAAAUUUUGCAUUUCAUUGGAAAGAGGGUGGCUCUAGCAGCAGUCCUUGCAGCGAAACAUACGCAGGUUUCACAGCAUUUUCAGAACCAGAAACCAAAGCCAUCUCUGAUUACAUUUUUACCCAGAAAGAAAAGUUCGUCGCCUAUUUGGCAGUCCAUUCUUACUCUCAGCUGUGGCUCACACCUUGGGGGUGGACAACCGAGCUUCCAGACGAUUAUAACCAAAUGGUAGCAGUAGCCCAAGAAGCUACGAAAGCCCUCUCUGAAGUUCAUGGCACACAGUACAGGAUUGGUUCCUCAACAAAUGUUUUAUAUAAAGCUACAGGUGGAGCAGACGACUGGGCCUAUGGUGCUGCAGGAAUAAAAUACUCUUAUACUUUAGAGCUGAGAGACAAAGGCAGACAUGGUUUCCUCCUACCCGCGGAACAGAUUCUACCAACUGGAGAGGAGACUUGGGCUGGCAUAAAAGCUAUGGCAAAAGCUAUUAAAAAGCAGAUGUAGAAACAUAACAGUGAUUUUCAUUCAAUUCCACUUUAUUCAUUUUGAUAUUUAAUAACCUUUCUCAU